GGUCACGCCUUGUCAGGAUCCUCAUUGGUUAACCUUGAAAGCAGCCAGAGAGCGAUUGAUGAUUGCGUGCCCCACUUGAAUGACAGACUCUGAAAGUAAAAAGCAGAGACACCUCAAAUAAUAACCCAUAACAAAACCAACGCACGCAGAAGUGGAUGUUUGUUUUGACCCGUGGAAUACUAGAAGUAGUAUAAAUAAAGUUGAAAAUCAGGGGCAUUUGUAGGGAAUUCAGAUGCCUUAUGAACCCUUCAGAAGGAUUAAGCCUCCCGUCUUUUAAGAAAGGAUUCGACCCUCAACAGCUGGCUACAAAAAAGUGACUGUAAAGGCUGCAAAGAGGUAUCCAGCAGUGAAGAAGGUGUUGACUGAUUUGGGUAGCUGUAUGUGUGAGGCCACACUCUGCAAUGGAACCCUGGCCUGCUGUGGCCUGGGUCCUGCUGCUAAGCCUGAUUGCUGAUUGGGUGAAAGCAGUCCACUCACGGGAGUUUACAGUGCAAGACAUCAUCUACCUCCAUCCUUCUACCACCCCAUACCCUGGUGGGUUCAAGUGCUUCACGUGUAAAAAUGCUUCAGAUAACUAUGAAUGCAAUCGAUGGGCACCAGAUGUUUACUGCCCACAAACAACAAGAUACUGUUUUACACGUCACAAAAUGGAUUCCAGUGGAGAGAGUAUAUCAGUCACUAAGCGCUGUGUAGCCCUGGAGGAUUGUUUGUCUACGGGAUGCACUCAGCCUAAUCAUGAAGGACAUGAGGUCUGCACUUCUUGUUGUGAAGGAAAUAUCUGCAACUUGCCAUUGCCAAGAAAUGAGACAGAGGCAAUUUUUGCAACAACUUCUCCACUCAACAAAACUACACAGCAUUUUCACAGUAGCUCAUUAGUUUUAACCUGUAUCAGCAUCAUGCUCCUGAUGCUUGUGUAGCUGAUGCAAAAGUGAAACUGGCUCUGUAAAACACCCUUCAUAUUAUUUCAAAGUGUAACUUCUUAUUACUGAUCAUGUGAUGGUUUACAGUAUUUCCUUCAAGGAUGAAAAUGUAAAGCUCAGGAAAGUACAUUUAUUAGAUGAUAUAAAAAUAGAAACCAAGCCACAGAAGUCAGUUACUGUGAAACCCUGAUAUGUAGUGCAUUAAAGGGUUAAUCACUUUAAUGGACCUUAUAACAGUCACUGGAACCCUGUAUUUUAAGGCAAAUUUUGGUCACAUUCGCAUCCUGCCCCUUCCCACAAUGCUCAGUGGUCCAGGAUUGGCACUUUGUGAUGGGUCAAGUUAAAUUAUAUGUAAACAAAUACCGGUAUGCCUGUUUCACAGUUGCAUCACUAUUUGUAAUGCAACUGUUUAAUUAAGUGAUUUGUAUAUUUUCUUUCCAUUUCUCCUGUACAGUUUAUAUAGUAUUUAUUUUUGUAUAAUACAUUUAUAUUAGAAAAUAAAAUAUACUAGAAAAAAAGUGUUUUAGGCACCAAAACUUAAUUAAAAAAAAAAAAAAACAUGUUUUAACAUGUGGAAUCACUUUUGUAUUUAUUAGCAAUAUAUUUACAAGAAUGCCAACUAACGUUAUUUCUGUGAUGCUUCCAUCUUCCCCUUUUUGCGAUAUGAACAAUAUGAAGAACAUUUUAAGCUUUGCUUCAAACACAUUUUUAUGAAAAUGCUCCUUUUUUCCCCAUGCUGUGGGAUGAAGGGAUAAUGAAAAAUUAUAGUUACUGGAUUUAGAGGCUAUGCUUGUUAUCUGCCAAAAGCUACUGUGAAAUUCUCUAUUUAUCAAGAUGCUACACCUCAGCAUUGGGAUGUUUGUGGCACAUACAGUAGUGGAUUCAUUACUUAAAGAUCCCUAAUCAAAUCUAUAAGCACAGUACCGAUCUCUUUAUCAAUGUGUUGGUACCUGUAUUCAGUGAAGCUGUACAGUAUAUACAGUACCUGUCUAGGACUGGUAAAAUUGUAAAUAAUAAGCACAGACUCAUUUGUUUUUUUAUGUAAUGUUAAUGUAAAUAUUGUAGAUAUUGUAAAUUUACAUUGAUACGUUGCCAGUGCUCACAUUACAAACAUUAAAAUAAUAUAAAAAAAUACACUAGUUGUGGUUUUAUUUGAAAUAAAAAGGUGUUAGUUGAAUAACAGUUGUCAGUGAACUGUUGUAAGUGAAUCGUUGGAAAGAAGAACCAUGUACAUGUGCAAUGUCAGCAGACGUUAUGUUCAGCUGUGAAUCUAGUUCUAAUAGAGCUUAUUUUUGUCUAUACACCAUCUGCCACUACGUCACAUACAGAAGGGUAAAUAUGAUCAUGAAUUGAACAAGGGGCAUUGUUUCACUUAAAAUCUGAAAAGAAAUUCAGGUCUUGGAUUGCACAUAUACGGUUCUUUGUCUGAAUGCUGCAGCUGAUGACAGUGCUUUAAAUAGACAGGAACCAGUAACUUUUACCAGCCCAACCCACAAAUGGAUAUUAUUCAUAUAUGUAGAGUAAUCUGAGUAUUAGAGAAUGACAGUUCUUAAUAAAGUUGAUGUAAAGCCCUAGUGUUAAAUAUGGGCAACAAAGUCUUGGUUUAAAAGCAGUAAGUGAUACAUUGUAAGCAGUGUAAAGUAAUGCCAUCCAUUUAACUACCUGGGAAGUUCUACCAUAUCUGAAGCAUGUUAAAGGAGGAUAUGUAUUUGG